AUGAAUCGCGGUGAUCGGUGAGUUUUUCUAUUUUUUUCAAUGCGAAGAUGAAGUUUACAAGAGAAAUAAGUUUUUUCGAGUGAAAAAUGAGAUUUUCUGACCCAAUUAGAUUUUUAAGCGAUUAGCGUUAUUUUACCGUGCGAAAACAUGAUGAAAAGGUGAGAAUUUAUUGGGGAACCCAGUUAGAAUAGAAAUUAUUGAAUUUUGAGCUUAGAAAGGGAAUUUGAACUGAAUUUUUCGCAAACUAACCGUUUUGAGAAUCUGAAUAGAAUAAUAGAGGUCCGAUUGCAUUUUUUAAAUAUUCAGAAAUGAUUUAUUCUAGGAUUUAAAAAAAAAUUAGAGUGUUUUCUAGUUCACGUAUGGAAAUUAUUCGAAUUUUUCAACAUUUUUUUUUCAAAACUAGAUAGCACUUGAGAAUUGAAAAUUGUUCAAGGACUUUGAAAUUCCAUGUAACUACUUCAUUAUAUGUUUUAUGGAGUUUCCAACAAAAAUAUUGAGUUUUCGAAAUUCUUUUGCGAAAGAACUCGACCUCGCCCCAAAAUAUAGUUAUGACGUGGCAAAGCUCCCACCACUGUCAAAAAUCGGACUGUAAUUAGUUUCAGAGAAAACAUUUUUGAAUUCUGAUUUCACAGCAUUGUUCGAUUUGGUAAGCUUGUUAUAUAUUUUUGAAUAAAAUCUCAUUUUUCUCCUGAACUUGGGAAUUUCAAAAUAUUUCUAAUUUUUCCAUGUAUAAAUUUGUUCAAAGUUUCUAUAGAAAAAAAAUUAAAAAUAUUUGGAAAUUUGAAAUUUUCACCGUUUGACCCUGAUUUGAUUUUCUUGUAAACCCCUCCCGGGACCAAAAAUCACACAUGUUUCUAGAUUUCUCCUCAAAAAAUCCUUCAUGCUCACCUUUUCCAAAUAGUUUUCCCCAUCCCCUCUUUUCACCGCAUGUCUUCUCUCACCCACCCUCUCAUUAUCCCACACUCUCUCACUCACAAUUGUCGCAUGCGAACAUCAAGGCGUCCUUCUUCUUCUUUCUCUUUUUCUCUAGGUUCCUCCAUUUUUUGCCGGGUCAUUUUUGGUAUGUAGUGUAAAUUACUUUUUAUAUUUAUAUAUUUACUACCAGUUUUUGGGCUGACCACAAAUAUAUAUAGAAUUUGAAAUUCUAGGUUUUCCGGAUCGAUUUUUCGCGGGAUUUUUGAGAAACAUGUGCUACUUUUGAUUGAUCUAUCUUGAAAAUUCGAAAAUUUUUUAAAAUUGUACGAUUCUUAUCGCCAAAAGUCCCUAAAAAUUCUCAAAAAUUAUACGUGAAAUCCGGAAAUUUGAUACUUUUUGGCAGAAGUUUUCGCAAGAAAAUUGCAUUUUUCCUUUAUUUUUUUUUGUAUAUUUUCCUUGUGAAAAGUAUCGAAUUUCUAAUGGGGAAAAUUGGAUUUUUUGAGGUUUCAUUUGAAAAUUUCACAUUUCCCGCUCAAAAAUACUAAAAACCACGUGGAUUUUCGAUUUUCUCUCAAAAUUUUGAUUGGAAAAUUCCGGAAACCAGUUUUUUCGAAAUUUUUCUUCAGAAAAGAAAAUUGGUUUUGAUAAGACAUUUUUUGUAAAAAUCGAGAUUUUUUCCGUUUUUCAUUGGAAAAUUCACGAUUUUUCGGAUUUCUAGGCCACGGUGUAACUCAAAACUAGUCCCCGACUUCAAUAUUAGUCAAAAACCCCGGUUUUUCACUGAAAAUUGAAACAUUGGUCAUAUUAACUUAAAUUUUUCUUGCAGUUCUGAUAUAAUUUCUCCAAAUUCUGGCGAUUGUUCAACUCUCGAAACAACCAACAACAACAAUAAUAAUUUGAUCAAAAAACAACCACUUUUCAGUGUAAUGGCCAGUUUUUUGGAUUUUUUGCAAGUUAAUAAGCAUAAGGUGAGGGUUUUUUUUGGUGGGAAGUUGUGAAUUUUAAGCUGAAAUUCAUGAUUUCCAGCUUUUCCCCCCGAAAAAUCUCAAAUUUUCAGACUUUUCGCCCAAAAAAGAAGUUCCCGCAGGGAACUUUGCGCUACAGUUUGCAUAAACAAGCCGAAGCUACACUGCAUUCUGGAGUCGAUUUGAGACAUGCCGUGAAAUUGCCACCGCAUGAGAAUUUUGAUGAUUGGUUGGCGGUGCAUAGUGAGUUUGUUUUUGGGUGAAAAUUUGGGGUACUGUAGAUUUUGGCGCGCGAAAAUUUGAGCAUUUUGAUAUGAAAUAUGACCUAUAUCAAUUUUCAACAAAAAAAUCCAUGUGGAAAGUUUUAAUUCAAAAACGUUCCACGAAAAUUGAAAUUUCAAAUUCGAAAAAAAUUUUCCACGUGGUUUUUGAAACUUUUUGUAUCUCUAAUUUUCUCACUUCUCUGCGUCUCUAACUCUAUAGUGAUCUCUAGUCGUCUAGCUUCUCUCUGCGUCUCUAACUUUAUAAUAUUCUCUAUUUGUCUAAAAUUCCCUGCGUCUCCAACUUUCUAGUUGUCUAAAUUCCCUGCGUCUCUAACUCUAUAGUGAUCUCUAGUCGUCUAGCUUCUCUCUGCGUCUCUAAUUUCCUCGUAGCCUUUUAAAAAGUUUAGUGCCAAAAAAUCCACGUGGCAAAAAUUCAUUAUUCUUUUUUUGCAGCCGUCGAUUUUUUCAAUCGAAUAAAUUUGAUGUACGGUACAAUAUCAGAUGUUUGUACAAUUGAAACAUGUCCAACAAUGUCCGGUGGAUCAAGAUAUGAAUAUUUAUGGCAAGAUGGAGUGGAAUAUAAAAAACCGACGAGAUUACCUGCUCCACAAUAUAUGCAGGUAGGAGAACAUUUUGGGAGGGAAUUUGGGGAAAAAUGAGAAUUUUUAUAAGAAAAUCUUGGAAAAAUAGGUAAAAAUGCCUAAAAUUCAUCUGAAAUUCAAAAUUCCCGCCGAAAAAUCCCCCUAAUUUUUUGCAGCUUCUAAUGGAUUGGAUAGAAGCGCGUAUAAACAAUGAAGCGAUUUUUCCAUCAAAUAUGUGUAAGUUCAUUUUUUUUCCUCUAAAAUUUUCAGAAUCCCCCAUUUUUCAGCCGUCCAAUUUCCCAAAGACUUUCGACAAAUUUGCAAGAAAAUUCUGACUCGACUCUUUCGUGUUUUUGUUCAUGUUUAUAUACAUCAUUUUGAGCGAAUUCGAGAACUUGGAGCUGUGAGUUUUUAUGGAAUUCUCUGGGUUUUGGGCUGAAAAUUCGACUAAAACUCAAUUUCCUGAUUGAAAAUCGAAAAAAAAAAUUUUCACCUCUAGGCGCGGCUACUUGAGAACUAGGCUUUCAAGGCUCGGAUCCAAGGCGGAGUAGACAUCUAGAUGCGGCUCCUAGACAAUUAGAUUCUGUAGGCGCGGCUUCUUGAGAACUAGGAUGUCUGGGGUCGUCUACUUGACACAGAAGCUCUCAAGGCGCGGCUGCUUGGGAACUAGAAUCUCUAGGUUCGACCACUUCACAAUUAGGAUGUGUAGUCGUGGCUCCUUCUCAGAUUAGAUCUCUAGACGCGGCUGCUUGAUUUCAGAUGUGUUUUCACAUAAAAUUUGAAAAUAAAUAAGUUUUCACAUUUUUUUUUCUGCAAAUUUCGUUCAAAAAUCAAAAUAACCCACAUUUUUCAGAUAUAUGUUCUAAAAAAUUUAUUUUAAAAUUUUGUUUCAUGAUCAUUUUUGAGCAAUUUUGAAUAAAAAUGAGCUACUUUUGACCAAAAUGUUGUUUUUGUCACUAAAAAUUAAUAUUUUUCAGCUAUAAAUGUUCUGAAAAUCCCAAAAUUUCAACCAAAAUUCGAAUAUUUUUCCAGGAACCGCAUGCAAAUACACUCUACAAGCAUUUUUAUUAUUUCGUCACUGAAUAUGGAAUGGUUUCAGCCAAAGAAUUGGAAGCAUUGGUGAGUUUUUUUGUUUCGGGCUGAAAAUCUGAAAAUUUUGACUGAAAAUCUGAGUUUGACAAAAAAUACAUGAAAAUUUCGAAUUUUUAUGCAAAAAACUUGGAUUUUCACAAUCCACGUUUAAAAGUUCAAAUUCAAAUUUCAGAAAGAUAUGACCGAACGUCUUUUGGAGCCUCAAAAUCGUCGUGCUCCAAUUCCAUCACUUAAUGCAUUUACACCAAGAGCCUAA